CAUCGUCACUUCUUUCUCCUUUUCUAAACUCCCGCUCAAGAAAGCACCGUUAAAUCAUUCGAACCCGAGAUACUGAACAGUACAGGACAAUUCCAUGGACGACGUUGAUCGCUUAUUCGAAUGCUUCAAAUGCGGCUUUUCUCCUCCGCAAUCUGCUAUUAUAGAGAGAAAAAGAGGAAAAAGAACUACAAAGUCGGAAGAUUCAGCACAGAAACAAUCAACUGAAAAAAUUCUCCAGACCACUGCAGAUGCUGACCAUUCUGUUGAAAAUUUGGGUUCAUCAAAACCCAAGAGAAAAUAUCAUAGCAACGGGAAGCAGUUCUGUCCCCUCGUGUUUUAUGGGUCUCCACAUGGGGUUCCUCCAAAGAGACCAGCUAGUUUGUUGCGAUUGUUGCAUGAAAUACGUGUAGAUCUCAGUGAACAAAAGAAGCUAAGCCAAGAAAUAUGGGCUACAUUCCCAAAGCAGGUUGAAGCAAUGAAAUAUGCAGAACAGUGCAUAAAUGCUCGUGUUUUUAGUUAUCAGGACCAUAUAAAUGGUUACAGAAGGUUCCUUGUUUCCACAUAUGAGGACUUCUGGAAAAGGUAUAAAAGUAUGAAUCCUAAAAGGAGACAUCAUUAUGAAGUCAUUCAGGAGGGUUUACCAUGCCACCUUUAUUUUGAUUUGGAGUUCAAUAAGAAAGCAAAUGCAGACAAGAAUGGAGAUGAAAUGGUUGACCUCCUAAUUGUGGCUGUCUUUGACACACUGCUACAAAAGUAUUCUCUUGAAGGAAGUCAUGACUGGAUUGUUGAGCUUGAUUCUUCUACUGAAGAUAAGUUCUCCAGACAUUUAAUUAUUAGAUUGCCAAAAAUUGCUUUUAAGGACAACUCACAUGUUGGGGCUUUCACAGCUGAGGUAUGUUCACGGAUAUAUAGUUCAAGUGAAACGGAUGAGAGAUUCAGAAAGCUUUUUGUGUCAAAAGAUUCAAAAUCAGUUGGAAUUCCAGCUCAACUCUUUGUUGAUAAUGCUGUCUACUCUAGAAAUCGCUGCUUUCGGCUAGCUCUCUCAUCUAAAGCUGGGAAAAGUUCUGUGCUUAUACCAAGCGGGCGCUUUAAAUGUAAGAACAUGAGUGAGGAUGAAAUGUUUAUGGCAUCACUGAUUUGCAAUAUUGAUGCUGACUGCGAGAGGCUUCUGGUCUGUAAAAUGGAUUCAGAUUGUGUAAGGACCCUGCACUUUAAUACAGAGAUUGCCCAAAGUUUCCAACAAAUGUCCUUCACUCCACAAGCAUUUGAGUUGAAUAAUUUUGAAAGUGAUCCUUCAAGAACAUACUUGAUGGGAAAAUCUCCAUUCCCCCCAGUGGAUGCAUUUGUUGAAUAUAUUGCUUCCGUAGGAAGUGUACCAGGAAAAAUUCGGAGUUGGUAUUGGUUCUCAGAGUAUGGACUGAUAGUCUACAGCAUGUCGAAAAACAGAUAUUGUGAAAGAAUUGGGAGAGAACACAAAAGCAAUCAUGUGAUGUAUGUUGUUGAUCUAAGAAGGGGUGAUUAUUAUCAGAAGUGCCAUGAUCCCGAUUGCAAAGGCUAUCGAUCCCCUUUACGUCCCAUCCCUGGCAAUGUUAUAGCUCAUUGUUCAGUGUCCUUUGACCUGGAUAGUAAUAAUGAAGGUCGGGAGCACACACCUGUUGCUACUGAUGCGAAUAUUGUAGACAGCUGCAAGAAAGAAUGGUGGCUUGAGGCCAUAAGAUUUGCAGAACAGGUAGAGGGCAUACCAAAAGCCUUGGAAAUAUCAGGCGAUGGAGAAUUAGAAGAAGAUGAAGAUUGGUGGAAGGCUGCCGAAAGGAUUGCAACACAGACAGAAUUGGCUUACCUUGGAAAACCUUAGUAUCAGUUUAUCAAAUCGGUUUUUAGAUGCUGUCCACGAUAAGUUGUAGAACUUGAUUCGGGUCGGAUUUGAAUUUUAACCCUCAAAUCCAAAACCCGAACCGUUUUAAUA